ACUUGUUCGUGUUUCAGCUUCAAGCGGUCAUUUGAGUCUGUAUUAGCAGUGUGUGUAUUGUUAUGAUUGGACUUGCUUCUUAAAUAUUCAUUUUCCCAUUCUAGUACAGUAUGUCUCAGCUUGACAGCUGAAAUUUGUAACAAGUAGUAGAUUUAUUAGGAAAAAAUAUUUUAUAGUUUCAUGUUGACCAAUACAGUAAGUUAGUUGCUACUAACUUACACAUACUAGUAUGUGUAUCAUACGAUUAAGAAAUGUAUUCUUAUUAUAUCUGUGUUAUACGCUGCAUUUCUUUUCGAAAAGAGGGUGUAUCAGUGCAUCCACGGUCGUCAGGUCUAUUGAAAUCUGCGUCUACUAUUCGUAUGCCUAUCUGCUUUUUCACCUAUCAGACAUCUAUAACAUGUUCAUCAUUUUCUUGCUUUUUUUCCUUAAAUUUUAUAUGCAUAAUCACUUCAUAUAGUCCUCAUAGGUUAUUUCGAGUUUAAUGUCUAUUUUUUAAUCAAUUACUCAAGUGCUGUUUAGCGUUUUACUAGUUUGCUCUAAUCUUAUUUAAUAAAACUGACAAGUUUCAUGUCUAUACGUUUUCUGGUGAAAUAAAAUCUCACGAAACGAACUACACACUGUGAGUUUAUAAUCCGACUCUUCAUGGAGGUGUUGAUUGUCUUGAAUUACCGUGUCUGACCCUUUGCAUAUAUCAGCACCUCAAAUAUGAGAGACGUUGGAAAUGCUUGAAGAUUGUGAUAUCUCAUCGUGGGCUGAUAAUUUGGUCACCACUUUAGAAUGUCGUACUGUAAACGUUAAAAAUGGUCGUCAACCUCAUUCAGAUUCCUGACAGGUAAUAAAAUACUUGGCUUUUGUUAGUUCAAGGUGCGUUUCAGAGUAAAUUUUUUAUUUAUAACUUAUCUAUGGUAGAUGGCAUUUCAUUUAACCUUCUCUAAUAGUUUCUUUUUGAUGUAUAUCAUGAAUGUAGCUUUUCUAUACAAUAAUAUCAGUUCUCUUUUCAGAUAUCACGUAUAGGAAAUACUUUCUAUUGCAAGUUCGCUGAUCAGCACUAUUGUAGAAAAUAUGCUUUCGUAAUUUUCCUCUUUAAUGGUAUAGUUUGAAGAUCAUUUAAGACGUAUCUUCCAUAAAAAUAUCCGUAUCGUAUGUUAUUGUAGGUUUUACAUUUAUGGUAUUAUUUUGGAAUUUUAAUACUUUCUAAACGGAUAUUAGUAAUUAUUGCGAUUAUUUUUACAAUUUUACUAGGCAUUUAGAGGAUGCUUUAUAUAGUUAUCGCUACUGCAAUUGUCGUUAUUGGAUUCUGUAUUUACAAACGUAAAUCUAAUAAAGUCACAUUUCCUCUUGACUGCUUUUUAAAUGAGCAGUCUGCAGCUAUCGAUUACGAAGGAAACACUCGCACAUCCGUUACUUAUUCUACCAUUCCAGAAGUAUGUGCCAAUUUGUCUACUGUUUGUGAAGUGUUUCUAUCUGGGUUGAAUUUUUCAAGAAAUUCAGCUUGUUUGGGUUGGCGCGAAUACUGUGAGCAGGAUUACAAGUGGAUUACAUAUAAACAAGUGAAUGAUAAAAUCGGUGUUAUACGAUCCGCUCUACAUGCUUUAAAAACCAGAGGUUCGUAUGAAAACCUCUUCGUUGGUAUUUCAUCAAAAAAUUCACCACAGUGGAUAAUGGUCGAAUUGGCUUGUACAUUCUCUGGUUAUACUAUUGUACCAUUGUAUGAUACUUUAGGCGAGGAAGCUAUUUUAACUAUACUUAAACAAACUGAGCUUCCAAUAAUGUUUUGUGACUCAGUUGAAGUAGCACAACGUAUUACUACAUUCGCACCUGACACUUUACAACACAUUAUCUUAUUUCCUAACUCGUCUACAAAUGCAAAGUCUGCUUCUGUUUCAUCAGUUAACAGUUUGGUAAAAAUUUACGACUAUGAAGAAUUCCUAGAGUUCAGUACUGGAGAACUCAUUUGCACUGAAACUCCAAAACCUGAGAGUUUAUUUAUGGUUUGCUAUACAAGUGGAAGUACAGGCAUUCCCAAAGGGGUGAAAAUCACACAUCAAUGUGUUGUAAAGACCAUUCAAAGUUUAUUUCAACGACUUGAAGGAGAUAUCUUUAAUAAUACUGCUUCACAUCUAUCUUAUUUACCUUUGGCUCAUAUAAUGGAACAAAUGAUUUCUCUGUCUACUCUCUUGGUUGGCGCGAGAAUCGGUUUUCUAACCAAGAAUAUUCAAGGAUUACUAGCCGAUUUACAAGCUGUCAAACCACAUUUCUUUUUCACUGUUCCUCGUGUUUUAUCUCGAUUGUAUUCCGUUGCAAUGGAAAAGGUUUCAUCUGUUCCUUUACUACCUAGCAUAUUCCAUUAUGCAGUUGAAUCUAAAGUUGCAGAACAAGAAAAAAAUAUAUAUGAUAAUUCAAGUAUUUGGGACUUUAUAUUCUUCAAUAAAAUUAGACGAACUUUGGGUGGUCGUGUCAAAGUAAUAGUCUCUGGUAGUGCACCCGUUGCAAGUGAAAUUUUACGUUUUACACGGGGAGUUUUUGGCUGUCCAGUAAUAGUCGGUUAUGGUUUAAGUGAAUCAUGUGGCGUUAUUACGCUUACACUGUUUGGUGAUAAAACCCUGGAUCAUGUUGGUGCGCUUAUCCCAGGAGUUUCGGCCAAACUGGUAGAUGUACCGCAUAUGGGUAUCAGCGUUGACAAGAUGAAAAUGGGUGAAAUAUGUGUUAAAGGUCUAAAUUGUACUCAAGGGUAUUACAGGGAUGAAGAAAGCACAAAACAACUCAUUGACAAAGAUGGAUGGUUGCAUACUGGUGACAUUGGCAGUUGGACAAAAGAAGGUUCUUUAAAAAUUGUCGACAGGUGUAAAAACAUAUUUAAACUCUCACAAGAUUAAACGUGUUCACCUUUCUUCGUUUCCAUUCACUGUGGAAAAUGGUUUGCUCACCUCCAAUUUGAAAUUAGUGAGAUCUCGACUACGGGAAACAUUUUCAGAUAAAUUACAUUUAUUGUACGAAGAAGCGUGCUCAUAAUAUAAUAUUACGCCUUUAUUUCUACUGAAAUCUGAAAUAUUUAGUGAGAUUUAUAGAUAAAUAAAUAUUUCUUUAGAAAAUUCACAUCCUUCGCACUAGCACUUUAUAUUCACUUCUAUACAAAUCAUUAUGAAUUAACUACUUAAAGUUUUCCCAUGUCUUUUGUUCCUUAAUCCUGUAAUGGAUACGGUGAAUAUCAUGCACCCAUGUAUUUUUGUUUGAAUGAGAUCCAUGUUUUUCUGGUACUGAAAUUUUGUGUGGAAUAUGUUUCAGUAUGACUU